GUCUUAACCUGCGAUCUCUGCUCGUCUUUGCUUUGCCGGCUCCGAAUUCUUGCAAAUUUUGAUAAUCAGGCAAAAGAUGCUUGCGUCGAAAAGAACUCGAACAAAGGAAAGGGAUAAUAUGACUCGAAUUUCUGAAGAGUUUGAUGAAAAUGACUGUCCAAAUGUUGUGAAGAGGAAGCGAUUUAGCAGAGAUGGAGGUGUACUAGGGGAGAACAAACUGGUUUUAGAGGAGCUGGAAAAAAAUAAUACUGAUGAUGAUGGCUCUGGAAAUGAGAGCAGCGAUUCCUCACUGGAACCAAUGCCAACUGAGGAUUCCCCUCUCAAACAGAAAUCAAUUCAACCGGUCAAUAACAAACAGCACCUAACCACCCCUGACAACAAAUAUGCUCUAAGUAGUAGCUUCCUUCGAAAGAGAAAUGGAACUGAAAAUUGUCACUUCGACAAACUGUCCGAUGAGCUCUUGCUAAUCAUCUUCUUGAAACUGCCAAAAGUCCAGCUAUGCAAACUGGCCUUGGUGUCCAAGCGCUGGCGUCGAAUCGCUUACGAUGAUAGCAUGUGGAGUCGCAUUGACCUUGGCCACAAGAGCCUCCACCCCAGGAACUUGGAGCAUGUGUUGAAGAGAGGAGUUCGCGUGCUGCGUUUAGCGGGAGCUGCUAUUCCAAGCCCGGUUAUCAAGCCCAAAAGCUCUUACCUGAUUCCCAACUUUGUAAGCAAACUGGAGUACCUUGACCUUACUAUGGCACAGAUCUCCGCCGAAGGUGUUGCUGACAUAAUGAGGGUCUGUCGAAAUCUGAAGAAAUUGAGCUUGGAGAACUGCCCGCUAAAUCUGGAGACUUGUGAGCAAAUUGGCCACAAUACAGACUUGGAGGUGCUCAACCUUACAAGCACGACUGGCAUCAAGUCUAACGGCCUGGAAGCUAUUCUUGCGUGCUGCACAAAGCUAAUCACUCUCAACAUUUCUUGGACCGCGAUGGACCAGGAAACUCUGCAAACCUUGAGCGUCACAAUUUGCAAAUCAGUGAAGGAACUCAAUAUUUCGGGAUGCAGGAAAAAUCUCACAGAUGAUCAUGUUAAGUUUAUCCUAGAGAAGUGUCCUGGCUUGAUCCAACUUGACAUGAGCGACUGCACCAGUCUAACUUUCAAGACUCUAGACAACAUAGUCAAGAACUUGAAACACCUGAAGGACCUGGGACUCAGUCGUUGCUACAAUAUGUCGAGCUCCAAUUUUAAAUCGCUCACCUGCAUCAAAUCUCUGACAAACCUACAGAUUCAUGGAGUAUUGCACGACGCCGUUCUUAAGAUUCUCAUCGCUGAUUUAAAGAAAGCAAAUAUUGUUGUGAACAACUGCCCAUUUUCAACCAUUGGCAGACCUACUGUCGGCUGCCGCAAAACUAGUAUCUGGGGAGAGAAGGUCCGUGAAUGAGUGAUGUCUAACUUCAGGUAAUUUUUUCCUGAAAUUUGACUUUUAAGCAUUCAGUUCGCUGCACUGUGCCAACUGCAUAGACUAUGCCGUGAAGCAGUGUAGAAAUUAAAUUUAGAGCUUUCUUCUUACCAGACCA